AACCAAUGUUGCAAACAAGAAGAGGAAGACCCUCUCUUGUUGGAUAUGCAAUGGUCCUCAUCUUAAGAGGGAUUGUCCUUCUAACAACAAGAAGAAGACAAAGAACACACAACCUAGUGUUGUUCAAAACCAAGGUUGAUGAUUCUUGGUGGAUAGAUUCGGGAGCCUCUAGACAUGUGUGCAAUAACAAGGAUUUCUUCAAGUCUUUGAAAGAUUUGGAUGAUGGUCCAAUCUUGUAUAUGGGGAAUGAUUCUACGGUAAAGGCUAGAGGCAUAGGCCAAGUAGAAUUGUUGUUAACCUCGGGAAAGACUUUAACUCUCCGGGAUGUUGUGUAUGUACCGGAAGUUAGGAAGAAUCUAGUGUCAGGAGGUCUCUUGAAUAAGUAUGGUUUUAAAGUUGUUUUUGAGUCGGAUAAAUUUGUACUUUCCAAGGGUGGUAUUUUUGUUGGACAAGGUUUCUUUUGUAAUGGAAUGUUUAAAUUUAGUAUUGAUAAUAAAAUUGGUACUAGUUCUAUUUACAUGCUUGAUGUUUCUUCUCUAUGGCACAAUCGUUUAUGUCAUGUGAAUUAUCGUAGAUUAUAUGACAUGUCUAAAAUGGGGUUGAUACCUCCUUUGAUUUAAAGUUAGAGAAGUGUCACACUUGCGUGCUAAAUAAAAUUACAAAAAAUCCUUAUCCUAGUGUGACUAGACAAACGGUAUUGCUUGAA